AUGUUGACCUGCGUGCGCAACCGCCACUACGACGAGGCCCUGGACCUGGGCGCCUUUGUGCGCAAGCUGGAGACCCUGCACGGCGGCCUGCCCCUGGUCAGGCGGCUGGCGGCCGAGGCGCGCGCCGCGUCGGCGGCCAUGCGAGGCGCACUGCUGCGCCGGCUGGAGGCGGACGUGGCGCUGCCGGAGUGCCUGCGCGCCGUCGGCUUCCUGCGCCGCCUGGCCUGCUUCGGCGAGCGCGAGCUGCGCCUCGAGUUCCUGGUCCGGCGCGAGGCCUGGGUGGCAACCUGUGCCGCGCAGGCCGAGGAGGAGGGCGGGCCGGCCUACGAGUCCCUGCGCCGCGCCACCGACGGCCUGCGCCUCCAUCUGCACGACCGCCGUGCGGAGGCCUACGUGGCGCACGUCCGGCGCCAGCUGCCGCGCCUGGCUGACGGCGGCGCGCUGGCCUCGGUCAUGGAGGCGGCCAUGUACGCGGGCGCCAGCCUGGGCCGCGCCGGGCUGGACCUGCGCCCGCUCCUGGCCCCGGCUUUCGAGGACGCGGCGCGCGGCCUCCUCCUGGCGCCGCUCCUGGCCGCCGCGCUGGCCAGGACCUUUGCCAGCACGGCGCACGCCCUGGGCCUGGACCCGGCCGCCCUGGCCCGGACGCUGCGUGAGGAGGACGAUGGUGCUGGUGGGGGUGACGGGGACGGCGGCCGUUGCGCGGCCGUCGGAGCGCAGACCGGCGGCACGGCGGGGGGGGGAGUCACCAGACGCUGA